AUGGAUUUUUGUCCUCUACAUGCGAGCAGAAUGAAUUGGAUUGUCCAUUUCAAGCCUGAGUAUGCAGGCGUAAGGGUUCUUAGCCUAGACGGUGGCGGUAUGCGAGGCAUUGUUGAACUUGAAGUUCUGAAAGCGGUUGAGCAGGCAUUGGGCGGCAAAAUGCCUGUACAAGCGUUCUUUGAUCUUAUAGUAGGGACAAGCACGGGCGGCAUUAUCGCUCUAGGACUCGGAGUCAAGCAGUGGCUUGUGGACCACUGCAUUACUGAAUUUGUUCGUCUCUGUGACCAAGCAUUUUCCCCACGCGAAUUCGACAAUGUGGGUGGCUUAACACAAGCAACCACUUUAAGACACGGCAGCAAGUAUCGAACGCAACCGCUACGCCGUGCUCUAUAUCAUGUUUUGGGCGAAGAAUACCUUUAUGGCGGCCCUCGAAAGGUUCAUCGCGCUUACGGCACGAAAGUUGCUGUGACAGCAACUACGGAACCGGACAAAAACCUAUUCGAGUUCCCACAUGAACUGCAUGUCUGGGAGGCUGCAAGCGCCACAUCAGCCGCCCCGUCCUUCUUCAAGCCGUUUCAAAGUCAUGGGAAACAAGUCUAUCUCGACGGUGCAGUAUACUAUAACAAUCCUGUCAGAGUGGCACAUCAUGAGCGCAAAUUUCUCUGGCCCGAUGUUGCAGAAACGCCUCCAGAUAUCCUUCUGUCGAUUGGUACAGGAAAGAAUGGGCUUAAAGUUGACGAAGAAUUGCACAGGGACGCGGUGGAUAGUUCUCUUGUACGACAGGCCAAACCACAGUCCAACAACAGACUUAGCCGAUGGAGAGAGAAAAGCGUCGCCCAAAUAAAGAGACCAAAACCAUUCGAGCUUGUACUCAAGUAUUUCAAUGUUCUGGUCAAUCGGAUUGACAAUAUACUUGACUCUGAACGCGAGUGGAGGCAAUUUUGCAGUGAUGUCCUCGAUGGCAAACAACGAGAAGAUCAUGAGUCCCAUCACAUCCGUAUCAAUAUCGAUCUUGGCCAAGAUCCACCUGCCUUAGACGACAAGGCCAGACUGGCAGACCUCCAGGCACAAACUUCCGAGAUACUCAGGAGUAGUGAACACCAAUCAACCAUUGAAAAGGUAGCUUACCGGCUUAUUGCUAGCUCAUUCUAUUUUCUCAAGGAUGAGCGGAUUGGAUUUGACGAGGCAUCCCAAAUGUGGGUUUGCACAGGGAGGAUUCUAUGCCGUUUUGAUGGCAAUUCAAUUGAGGUUCGCAACAAUAUGCGUUCAUUGGGCGAGUUCUUGCGUUCCCAACAAAGGCCUGACUACCAGCCAUAUUUCAGCAUCAAAGAGAAAGCGGAUGAUCCAGAUCUCAACACGAUUGAGAUUAAUCGGAAGACGAUCGAGCAUAUGAUAGCGACAGCUGAGUUCUUCUUCGAUGACCCAUUAAAGAUUCAAGUUGCCUCUCAGUUGAGUCCUACCACUAUCUAUCUAAGUCUUUGCGAUACACAGCGAUUCAAGCCAGACCUUUAUCCGAUAAGUGGAUUCCCCAGGUUUCUGGUCACAGAAGAUACUGCAAAUGCAACACGCCUCGAUAGGCGGGCUGAACUCAUUAGAGAAAGAAGAUACAAUACUUCGCCAAUUGCGAGCGAUCUCAAAGAUGCACAUUCAAUGGACGAGGCGGUGGAUAAGACUAAUUCAGAAGUUGACGAGCUUGGGGAUGGUGGCGCCUUCGUGUCAAGCAAGGCCGAUGACCUAGCAGUCUAUGGUGACAAAAAGUCACCGCCAUCACACUCGGAGGUGCUUGAUGAACACGGAAGAAGUCUAUCCAGACAGCCGCAAAACGCAAAAACAUUGGCUACCCAGGAGCUCGAAAAAAUGCGGCUGGAAGCCCACACAGUUGAAGAUACAGCGGCUUUUGCUGAUUCAUCGACUGGAGCAACAAACAGUGGGCCCUUCGAGCGAAGCAUUUCCAUUGGCAAUCUCAGGACACAUAGCCAUGUCACCUCCAACACAACGAUUGUUGAUGCUGAGGGACUGAUGAGCUCGGAUCCGAAUUUGGUUGGAUCUGUAAUGGGUCCUGGGUUUGACAGUGACGAUUCGGACUGA